GGAGAUCUAAAGGAGCAAGAUGAAAGACAGCUCCCGAGCCAACCCGAGCACGUGAAUGCCAUCACGGUUUUGAGGAAUGGUAAGAAGGUUGAUAAUCGUGUUGAGAUGCCCGAGGAUAAUGAGGUAGUUGAAGUUGUUGUUGAUGAGGAUGAUGAUGAGCCGGGGGAGAAGGUUGAUGUGUCUAAAGGGAAAGAUGUGGGUAUUAAAGAGAUCGAGAAGGAGAACCCCAAGAAGGUUGCCCGUGAGGCUUUGCACAAAGCGGAUGCACCCUACCGACCACCGAUUCCUUUCCCGAGUCGUUUACAAGAUACAAAGAAGGAGCGUCAAUUCAAGGAUCUUUUCGACAUGCUCUCGAAGGUAAACGUGAAUCUCCCAUUACUAGACGUUAUCAAAAACGUGCCGGCAUAUGUUCAAUUUUUCAAGGAUCUAGCUUCGAAAAAGAGGAGAUUCGGGGAUAAUGAGAAAGUCAUGAUUUCUGAGGUAGCCUCGACUACUAUACCUCGGAAAGAGUGUGACCCGGGAGCUUUUGUCAUGAGGAUCACGUUCGGGAAUGGAAAG